CGGAGCACACGUUUGAAGUCAGUCGCGCGCUAACCAUCAGUGGGGAUACACGCCGUCUGAUCGCUCACUCACUCUCCUUGCGCUCUGGUCCUGGUGGAGGCGGCCGCUCACUUAGUGUAGCUUGUCUCUGUGGCACUUCAGGGGUGGGUCAUGAACACACCACUUGAAUCUAUCACAUCCGUCAUUGGCAGUAACCAGGGGCUGGGCUGACACUCAAUGUCCAACCUGUCAUAACACGAAUACUUUUGUGCGUUGUCUUUCUUGCGAGAAAGAAGAGAAAUUUUUGGCCACAGGAACUGCAGUCCUCAAUUACUACAUGAAAUUUCUAUGGUAAUUAUGAAUCUUUGUUUGGUAGUGGUGGAGGUGGUGGCCACGGGUGAGCCUGGGUGUGCUGCGUUAGUGUGAGACAAAACACAGCUCACCGGGUGUCACUCUGGCCAGUACGAGGAUGAGAGCAGCCACCAAGGCGUAGGAGGGCAGGGUGCAGGGUGAGCAAAGGCACGUCAGGGCACGAGGUGCGGUGGGCGGUGAGUGCAGGGACCUUUAACGUGCUAGGUCGGCGGGAAGGACGACCACUCACUGCCGUCUUCUGCAGGCAGGACGGAUUCUGAGGACAUUCGAGCUGAGGAACACAAUGUAGACAGUAAAAACAGUGAGGCAGCCAGCGGAAAAUACGGCAGAUCAAGCCUUCAGUCAUGGUGAACCCGUGUGGGGGGCGGCGAGAGCUACGCUGCUGGGAGGUGGCCAGGGCCUGAGCCGUCACCUGACGAGGCGCCGCCGCUGCUGACGGAGGAGCCUCGGGAAGAUACAGACAGAGCUACAGACACACACACACAGCAAGCAUCUUGAGACCUUAUCCAUCCCGUCCUAUUCCCCUGCACAGUCUCUCGACACAGCACUGACCUCUCGCAGCUUCACAUUAAACCACCUGACUUCUUGACAUUAACAUUUACAUAAACAAACAUUAUCUGUAGUGAUUUUACACAAACACACACAUACAGACACACACCUGAAUAUUUACUGUCAUUAACAGACUUCCUCCAUUAUUCUCUGCCUUUUGUUUCACUUCCACCUGCCUCCAGAACCUCUUUUGACCUUCAAUUCUUUAUUUGCUCCUGACGUGACACGUGACCUUGCCAGGGAUGGAGGGGCGAGGCUCCUCUACCGGCGCCUCCUACGUCAGGCUGGUGACUCGCAGUGAUGUGGUCUGGGCAGCCUUGGCGUUGGUGCUCUUCACGCCACUUACAGUGGUGAGCGAGGACAAAGACGAGCUGCCGCGCUUCAUUGAGGACGUGCCUAAUAUCACAGUGACGGUGGGACGUGAUGCUCUCCUGCCCUGUACCGUGGAGCAACUCAAGGGAUACAAGGUGGCGUGGGUGCAGGUGGACACGCAGACGAUCCUCACCAUCCACAAACAGGUCAUCACCAGGAACCCGAGGAUCGCGCUGCUGCACAACGACCACCGCUCUUGGCACCUCGAACUGAAGAACGUGCGGGAGAAGGACCGAGGCUGGUACAUGUGUCAAGUGAACACCGACCCGAUGAGAUCCAAGCAGGGCUACGUGGAUGUUGUGGUGCCUCCUGACAUCAUUGACCGGGAAUCCUCUGGCGAUCUAACCAUCCGGGAGGGGCAGGACGUGACUCUGACGUGCCGCGCCAAGGGUCACCCUACGCCCAGCAUUGUGUGGCGGCGGGAGGACAACCAGGAUAUUGUGCUGGACUCGGAUAAGGCAGGUAUGGGUGACAUGGGCGGGCUGGUGGCGGCAGACAGUGGCGGGACGGACACGGCCCACACGGUGAAGUCGGUGGAGGGCGAGACGCUGGUGAUGAAGAGAGUGUCCAGGCUGCAGAUGGGCUCCUACCUCUGCAUCGCCUCCAACGGCAUCCCGCCCUCCAUCAGCAAGAGGACCCAACUUCGCGUGCAGUUCCCUCCCGUGGCCUGGGUGCCGCAGCAGCUGGAGGGAGCCUACAUUGGGCAAGAACUGACCAUCGAGUGCCAUACUGAGGCUUUCCCUAAGAGCAUCAACUUCUGGACUAACACGAACGGCGAUAUGGUUGUGUCUGACGAACGCUAUGAACCAAUCGUGACUGAGACAUCCUACAAGGUGUAUAUGAAGCUAAGGAUUCGCCGUGUGGAGAAGAAGGACGUCGGGACAUUCCGCUGUAUCGCCAAGAAUUCGCUGGGGGAGACGGACGGUGCCAUCAGGAUCUACGUUCAACGUGUGAGUCCCGCCGCCACAACAACCACCACCACCACAACGAUCAGCACCACCACCUGCUCUGCCACGCAACCACCAGGCAGGAUGUUGCCCUCUUCACUGUAUCCUGUUGACGUUAUCUGUCCUCAUGUUUUGUCAUUUACUAAGCCAAUAUAAAUUUCUUUGUUUAAU